AUGAUGCCCAGCGCACCGCAGACUUAUAAAGAUACAGGUAAAGAGAUGAGAGUAUUCAACAGUCCGGAUACCACUGGCAAGUCUCCACUAGCUAUGGCAUCGCCAUCAAUGCAGCUUAUUCGUCAAAGAUUUAGGCAAGACCUGUCAAAUCUACUAUUGCAAGGGCAGUUGAAGGAGCUUUUUAUAAAAUGCAGCGAAGAGGAUCGCAUUGUCUUGACAGAUUAUAUGCACGAGUUCUGGAUUCACACUUUUGUCACAGCCAAAUACUGGGGACGAGGGCCCCUGCUGUGGACAAUUGAUAUGAUAAUAGAAUUGACUCUUAGCCCGUCGGUGAUUCCCUCCUCAGCAGCUACAACUCCAGCAAUCUGUUUUGCACCCUCGCCUCUACCGCCUCAUGAUGAAGCAGCAUUUUUACCUACGCCUUCGCAGCACUGUCGAUGGGUUAUUCAUGUCACCCACCAACAACAAUACGCUAGCAAAGAAGAAGAUAAGAUGACGACCAAAUCCAGUCACCCUCUCGAGGAGCCGUGGUCGUUAGCAGAACGUAACAAUCAUUCCUUUCCCCAGUCAAUCCAACAAUCAAUUACGGAAAGCACAUUCACUUCUUUAUCACCUGAGCAUUUGCCAGUCUCUAAUUCGUUAAUCGCCGAGUCACUGCGAACAGUUCCGAGUUCACUGCAAUUAGAAUCUUUGAGAUUCGCGAUAAUGGCUGGGAACAUAGAAUCGUCUCUCAAAGAGGUCUACCCUUACCACCUCGCAGCUAGCUACUUGGAUGGUGGUAACACGUGCUGUUCUUUGCUCACUACACUUCUCGAGUGUAUUGAAGACGUAUAUCCGGUCGCUAAAAAUUACGAGGACAUCAUGGGACAUACAGUCCUUGAUAGCUUGACAAUUUCUAUUAUACGUUCACAUACGCGUGUUAGACCAAGAGAAGUCAGCUCCAACUUUAUUGACACAGAUGCGUAUCCUGGAGAAGAAAGAGAUGCAUGUGGUCGAUGGGAUGUAGAUUUUCCAGCAAUUCGCCGGCUCUUUCAACGUGGCAAAUACCGCGUUCCAUUUAACUGGAAACAUCCCUUCUGUCAUAGCUCUGUUCAGGCUGUUUGUCACAACAUGAUGAGGAUUUUCUCUCCUGGAGAUUAUAUACCCCAUAUCAACCGCUUUAGCGGACUGUUUAUUCGACACUGCGUCUCUUGUGGUACCAAACUCUCACUUGGAACCCUUCACUUGAUAGUGGUAUUGGCAUACCAUUUAGCAAAUUCAGGCGUCCAAGGAGAGACACUAUUUGGAGCUAUGGCAAUGCUAGUCUGUCUAUUAAGGCUAGGAGCAAAUGUUUCACUACAGGCGGAGGUAUCAUUCGAUGAGAUAUUGGGGCUUACAUCUGCAACUAGGUGUCAUCAUGCAAAAUUAGACGCUGAUGGUUUUAUGCAAACAGUCCCAGCCGCAACUGUAGAUGGCUGGAGCCCUGAAUGCCAGAUUGGCUGGCAUUGCAUGCGUGGAAUCUUGCAGCUAGCCAAAUCUGGCAAAAUACAUCGCCCAAGCACCAUAACCAGUGCACAGUCAGACUCUGGUGAUCCAUUCGACUCUAUGGUUAUUGAUGGCGAUGAUGUUUCGACGGUACAUGGAUCUACGGCGUCGUGUCAGCUGGUGCUCACCUAUCACCAGUAUUCUUCUUUUCCCUGUGGAAAUCCCCAACUUGGUCUCAUCUGGGCAGCUAUUCAAGCUGAGAUGCUUACUUAUCGAAAGAUUGAAGAUUUAGAUUCUUGGAUCUCCGAUAACUUUUCCAUGGGUGCGCUGAAAAAGUGGCUGCGAGGAGAGUCAGUGGAGCUCGAGAUGCCUUUUGUACAAAGAGACAUGUUACAAGCGCAUACGAUCUGUGGAUGUAAUUACGAAGGCUCGGUAAACCUCUACUCUGUGCCAUUUAUGCCUUUUGUUACAAUGAGCAAAUGGGGACGAGAAAUGCUGGAUAUCUCCCUUGCCACUCUGCCGGACUUCCUCAUCCCGUUACUAGCAAAUGAUAUUCAGAAGCCUCACAGUCUGUCUAGUGGCCUGAUUCUUAGAACUUGGCUGCCGGUAUCACCGGACUCACUAGCUGUUUCGAUAGACACCGACCUGUCAACUGCACCAUUCGAACUAAAUACUACCAGGGAUUUCCUGUCGCAAGCGUACAUACCUAUGUAG